GUUGCAGGUAUGUUGGUUCCCCAAGGUUGUUGAUUACUCGGCGCCAUGUUAUCCUCCCCCAUCCUCCUAUCGCAUCCCUCCCAUGGCGUAACUUCGUUAUAUGGGAUAUCCUCUUAUAACACAACCUCAUUCGGCACAACCUGCCAGAAACCAACCUCCUCGAGACCGACCUAUCAUGGGACCUUUUAUAGAAUAACUUACUGCAACACAGACAACAUACUAGGGGCAAGUAAUUGAUAAAGUGUUACGACAAUAGUGAGCCACCUGGGAUCCGGUCUCCUUUAGGCGACACCUUGUUCGCAAGACCCUGGGGAUUCACACGUUGCGACAUCCAACAACAGACUCGCAUCUUGCUCGACGGCUGCGAAAGCCGCACCACAGACUCUCACAAUGGGCUUCAUCAGCGGGAUCCUCUACGUCGUCGUCCUCAUCCUCAAUGCGAUGUGCGUCCUCUCCGAAGACCGCUUCCUCGCGCGCAUUAACCUCUCCCCGAAAUCUAUCGAUCCGACCUUCGGUCAGCCAGGUGCAGACGCCAGCGUGUGGAGCAAGAUCGCCAGCCUGAUAUCGAGCGUGCGGAUGGUCGUGAGGUGUACGUUUUGCGCCUUGCGCCUUGCGCCCACACCCCCCUCCCCCCAACCAGGCGGGCCCAAAGCUGACCACCAGACACCAACAGUUCCCCUGAUAUUCGUAAAUACCGUCAUAAUAGUCUACGAGCUGAUCCUGGGAUGAGCGGUCCUGUGGGUGCUGCUGCUCGCCGGGCUAUUCUACCUGGAGAACCUUGAAGCCAGGAGGCUGCGUGGCCGUGGCGUGCUUCACAACGGUUUGGGGGUCUGAGGGCAUAUGGGAUCGAAACCGUCCAUGCUCCGUGUACAUGGCGUCAAGGCGUUGGGGGGGAAAAGGAGCGAGUGAUAGAAUCAUGGUUUUAUUGAAGGGUCAGUCCGUUGUGCAACAGACAUCGUGAACUAGGGACUCGUGCUUCAUGCCAGCUGGCUCAGAUGAGCCUGAUCUUGACUUACGCAUACUCAGCUCAGCGGUGGCUUAUUUCAAGAAAUCAAUUUAGCUUUUGUCAGACAAAUAACAAUACCUCAUAGAAGAGUCCCUGUGACUGAACUGAUAUCUAUAUAAUCACAUUCAAUCCG